GAAUGCGUUCGUCUGCUAGAAAGGAUUUUGUUCGCGAGCAGGGGUUUAGCAUAACUGUCCAGAAUAUUUUUUUUUCCUUUGGAGAGGAUGGUUUUAAAAAAAAAAUGAAAGCCUAAUUAAAAAAUUCGUCUGCACCGCCUGCAACUUGUUCACUCCUGCUAUCAGCAGACGUGAGCGUUUGUUGUGAUUUUGACCUAACAUUCGACAGUUGGAGUUCGCUGAUUGACAGAAAGGGACUUAUAUUUCUAAGGGAUUCCAGACUUGGGAUUAUAAAGAGGUAGAGCUGACUAGAUUUCUGAACAGAGAUACCGCCCACCAUGCUGACGUCGUGAAGGUGUUGAGGGACGCUGGGACCACUUCGUCACUUCCGUAGUCGCCAUCUUUGGUUCUCGUCACGUGAGGACAAAAAAAAUUUAAAUGACGUGGGGUGAGACCAAACGCAAUACUGACAAGCAUUAUAUGGCAUCGAUUAUUCUGUAUGUCGACUACUGCCGUAGCAUUUCCUCAAUGACAACUAUGACAGGACGGGAUCGCUUGUCACUGGUGUAGGCAGAGAAUCGAUUACGGGUUGUAUCGUUUUUGAACAGCGUGAUUGCAAAUGUAUAAUUGGUUUAAGUAACUGAUCUAUAUAAAGCGUAGAUGCGCCUGACCUACUAACGUUGUAGAUCAGAGGGGCCUGAUAACUGUGACCUACUUACGCUGUGAGAAUGGAUAGUGUUCAUUUAUCUGACCUAUUUAUAUGUUACUGUGGAUUAUUCUGACCUACUUAAAGCUUUACAUUUGUGACCUAAAAAAUAAAACGGAAUCACUGGACUACAUACAGAGUGUUGCUACACUGACCUACUUACAAAGUGUGGAUACACUGACCCACUUACAGAGUGUGGAUACAAUCACGAACAUACAUUUGUUUUCGUAGUGUGUCUGGAUAACUCGGUGACCUAAUACAUGGAUCCUCACAGCCAUUUCCCACCAUCUCCCAGAGAGAUGUACAUGUACCGGCCGCCUCAACUGAACGGACAUACCACGCCGACAAAGGAGCGCCCUCUUCCGACACUCCCAGAGAGAAACCCAGAGACACAGCUGGGCAAGCGAAUGUCCAGCACAAGAUCGUCCAAGUCCAGCAGGGGGUCGAUAUCGUCUGAUAAGUCCUCACCUCCCCCCAGUCCAGGACUGCCACAUCAUCAUCACCAGACUAUGAUAUCGUCUCCGGGAAGCUCACAUCCUCCUCAACUGUCUCUGGCUAGCAAAAAGUCAUACCAGGACAAUAAGCCUUUUUCUUACGGAGUCAGCGUCUUGAACCCAAAGCAGGCUGCGCAUCUGCAGAGCGCUGGCGAAACUGUUCUCAGGAGCAGGGAGGCUUCGCCUCACAACGGGAGGCACGUCAAGUCCGAGACGCUAACUGUGGCUGAGGACUAUGCCAGGUUUGUGCACCACGAGGACAGCUUGUUCCAGGAACAGAACGGUGCGGGGAUUUACCAAAGGUUGAAUUGUGGAAGGGAUCGCUCGGCUUCGACACCUAACGGAGUAACGGGCGCCCGCAACUCAUAUGAGGAAGAAAAGAAUUGCGUUUCUCCCACCAGCGCCUCUCACUCGGAGGGUAUAUACGGAAAAUUCGUGCAGCCGGGAAACCAACAUCGGCCCAAACUGACCUACGUUCCGCCUCCAGUAGUUCCGCCUAUGUGUGUCCCAAACGUAGCCUCAGAGGCGACUUCACAGUAUCAGACAACCCAGCACAAGGUUCAAAGUCAACACCAGCAAAGUUAUGGAUGUCAAAAGCCUCUCGCGGCUGAAAAUAACAGUCACCUGCCCAUGAAUGCUACACAGGAAGCAGCUGUAGAGUAUAGUCAACAUGGCGUCAUGCAUCAGCAGGCCCACUCACAUUCACACCACGUGCAGACCUGCUGCCACCACUCAUCGUCUCCGAAGACGGCUUCGCCACUCAUGUCCCCGAAAACGUCCCACAAGAAGCGGUCAGUGAACGACCCGUGCCCACCUCUUCCUUCCGCGUCGUCUACGCCUCCCUCUGCCUCUGUUCUAGCUGCCUCCUCUUCUCAGUUGCCUUCCCGACAUACGCCUUCACCCCCGCCCCCGCCUCCUCCAGCAGAGCUAUCGACGAGGUCAAGGUCGUCGGUCAAGCGGAACAACGCGCCCUCGCCAACACCGUUAGUCCUGCACAGCCAGUAUUACGACACGUCAUAUUCCUCCCAGCAGCUGCAGCAGCAGGCCGCACCGCACGGCACCUACGCCGACACGCACCACUCUCAGCCUUACGCUCAGUCAGGGUCUGCGCAUGGACAAGCUGCCCUUAACAACGGAAGACACCCGCAGACAUACGCGUAUCCUACACAGAGCUACGCUCAAGCGUUGCCGCUACAAGGACAACUCCCGCAGGGUCAACCACGACAAACGUACGGACACCCCACUCAACCUUUCAUACAACCCGUGCAAGCCUUCGUCCAACCAGUCCAACCCCAAGGCCAACAGGUCCCACCCCACGGCCACGCCACUUAUCAGCAUUCUGGAGAACACCCCCUGCACAAGUCUCCUCCGUCCUUUGUCCCACCGCCCCCGGCACCUCCGCCGCCGCCAGCUCAGCUCAGGGAUUCAAACCUCUCCGCUGUAAGCUCUACCCGAACUAGCUCCCCAGCGAGACUAUCUCAACAGAGGCAGCCGUCAGCAGCAACAUUAGAGCAGCUUGCACACGUCAAGCUGCGGACAGUGAACGAGCCUGCGUCAACAAAUGGUUCAGAUGAGACUGGCUCGACUGCAAUCAAUGUGAAACUGCGACCGACACCAGGGAAAUUUGGAAACAUCUAUACUGAAGAGGAGGCAACUCUUCCUCCACCUCCUCCACCUGACGAUUUAGACGAGUUACCUCCUCCGCCGCCUCCACCUGAGCUGCUCGCGCAUGACGUCAGCGGCCUCACUCUAGCGCCCAUCCAGCCCUCUUCCUCCCCGGCUGCACCCCACCUCCAGCAGCACGGUGCAGCGCCCCCGGCACCCUACCCCACCCAGCAGCUACCUCAUUUGGCAGGUGAGGCGAAUUCUUCCCAGAUUCAUCAGCUACCGCCCCCCAUCCCCCAGCCCCCUCCCCUUCAGCCUGGCACCAGCAAACCCACCGGCUGUAGCAGUGUAGGCACUUCGGAGACAUACAGCUCGAGUUUGGAGAGGCUCAUCGCUGAGUCUGUGGCCAAUAUGGAUUUCGAAAUUCCAGAUGAUAUUGAUUUGAGUCAAUGUCCCGGGCUUGUAGAAAUCAACAAACACACACCUAAUUGGAAGAAAGACAUGAUUGAAAAGAAAAACCAGGAAAAAAUUGAGGAAUAUGUUAAAGCUAUUUUAAAACAGAGGGAACAGGAGGCCAAAUGGAAGAAUGUGCCAGAAUGGAAAAGAAAAAUUUUACAGAAAAAAGAGGAAGAGGAUCAAGGAGCAAAGACAGCGCCACCACAGAAAGAGAAUAACCCAGCUGAAACAGAGACAAUAAAAAAAGACAAGGAUAAGAAACCCAGCAAGAAGGCCCCAGUUCCACCCCCUCCUCCUAAAGAUGACUUUGUGCCUCCCAAACCUAAAGGUGACAUUGUACCAGCAGCUCUCAGCAUAGACCCUGAAGAACUUGCUGCCAUGCCUCCCUGGAAACGAGAACUCUUAUUUAAGAGAGACAAAGUUCCCAUAACAUUUUCGAAUGAGUUCAACCCAGAAGACGAAGAAGCACAAGGAGAAGAGAACUCAGCAAGUUGAUCUAGUUUGAAGAGAAUGAAUGAGCUUGGUUUUUUUUUCUAAUUGUGCUGCUGACAAAUAUGGCAUGAAUGAUACUGUUCUAGAGUGUACCAUGGUGCUGCCCUGAAGAUUCAACUUUCAGGAAUGGCUAUGAAAUAUUUAAUAUCAUCUUUCAUAUGAAAUCAUCUAUAUUUAUUUGGAUCUAAUUUACUUUUAGCAAAAAGUAAUGCCCUAGCUUUUCCUUUCCUAUUAAAUUUUUUUCUUUUUUUUUUAGAUCAUUUUUAACUUACCAAAUUCAUCUUUUGGCGAUGAAACUCAAGAUGCUGUAUACUAUUUUAAAAAUAACAGAGAAACAAGGUGCCAAAAUUUAAAUGCAUAAUUUGUACUAUUUAUAUCAUUGAUAUGCUUCAGUUUAUUUUUGUUGCCUGCUGCCUAGUUAUUAUGUAAUAAAUACUUUGAUGACAUAUGGUUCAUUGGUUCUCACAAUAAUCCUUGUCUUCAAGACAAAGCAAAGUCUUAUACAUUUUUUCACUUAAAUUUCCAUGUAAAGAAUUUAAUUUAUCAAAUCAGAGUUUUCAGUUUUUUUCCUCAACAAAUUUUUUUUUAAAUUCAAUCUAGAAUAUUAACCGAAAUAUCUUAUGUUUUACUUCUUAGCUUUGGACUUUGUAAUACAUCCCCAUUUUAAAAUGUGUAAGAUUUACACUGGGAAUUAUUAGUACGUAGACAAUGUAUAUCAGGUGAUUUUAAUUUUAUGAUAUUUUUUUUUAGAGCAGUGGAAUAGGUGUGCUCAAAAGCUAAUUGAGUUUUGUUUUUAUUUUAUUAACAUUAUGUUAUAUAAAACUAUUUAAACAAUUGUUUUCUAAAUUUUCAACAUGUACAAUUAUUUUACAAUUCUAUUUUAAAUCUAUAAAGAGAUAGACCUUGUCAUGAACAAUGUCAUUUAAUGUAAAAAAAAAACAAUUAAGUUGUAAAUCAUUCUGUUUUCUUCUGGAGACAAUAUUCAAUUAUAUGUUAUUUGGUUAUAAGUUUAACUUAACAGUUUUAUUAAUAUUCUAUAAAUGUAUUGGGAAACUUUUAAGAUAUUAAGAUAUUUUUGAAUUCUUUACAUUUUCAAUGUGGAAAUACAUGGAUGUGUUUUCUUCUUUUCUUGGAUUGGAAAGAUAGAUGUUUUUUCCUAAACUACUACCUGACAUGUAUUAAAUGACUUUUUAAAAACAGCAAUUCCAUGGCUAGAAGUCUAAAGUGAAGGGAAAUUCACAUUGGAUAUCUUCAUACAAUUGAUAAAAACCUAAUAAAAUACUCAGAAAGACACAUUGAUAAAGGCACAUUCCUUGUUCCAUAUGCUAGGAUAAACUUAUACAAAUGCUCUUUCUUUCCUAGUGGAAUGGGUUGCCUGAGCCAGCCAGGAAAACCAAUGACUUGGCAGAAUUUAAGUGAUUGGUUAACAUGCAUGACUAGAUUGACCUUUGAACAUGCGUAGGACAUAAUCAUCUUCUUUUUUUCCUGUAACGUCUGUAUUUUAUAAAAUAAGACAUAGUCUUAUAAACAAAACCAAUCAUAAAACAAAAAUUACAAACAUUUUAAUUUAGAUGAUAAAAUGAUAACGUGCGUGCAAUGUACAAUAUCUGAUAAUCUUGUACAACAAUGCUUAUAUUUGUUUGUUUAUUCCAAUCAUGUUAUGAUCUAGCAUUUAAAAAAUCUCUGAAUCAAACUAGUUGAGCAUUAUACUUAUUAGAAAAUGUUUCCUUUGGUUUGCCAGCAUAUAAUUUUAAAAUAUUAUCAUGGAAUUCUAACUUCACAUGCUGUUUUGUUGGCUCCAUAAAAUAUAUUUUUAUUUCUCUCAACCUUGUCUGUUACCAUUAAAUAUAUAUAAAUGUUUUUUUGGGUAACCUUUACCUGGGGCUUGUUUAACUCUUUAACUACUACAGUGCAAGAAAAGCAGGUCCAUAGAUUGUAAAUUUUGGAAAAGAGUUAAGGGUUAUAUUUGUGUAUUUACAUUUUUUUAAUUUAAUUUAUUGACUUUAUAUCUUUCCUUUGUGAUAUAUAUUUGACAUUUUUUGCCUAGCUACAUACAUUGUGUUCUGCUAAGUUGUUUUUUUGUAGUCAAUUUCUCUGGCUGUAGUUCUUUUGUAUACAAAUAUUUAUUGUUCUUUUCAUUUUGCUAGUCAUCUGUUGUUUUCUUUUGAUUUAAUGUAAGCUGUGUUUUUUUUUUUCAAACUUUAUUUCAUUAUAUGAUUAUUAUAUUUAUAUAUUUCUUUAUAUAUAUAACUGUUAUUAUAAAAUACAGUUCAGUCGUAAUUCUUUAAAGUUUAGUGUAUGAUAAAAGAAAUACAGAGCUGGUGUCAUGAGAAGUCAUUGUUUUUUGUAUAGUGUAUGUCCAGCACAACUGGAAGCAAUCUGCAGCAUUUACUCCCUACAGAUGUAGUAGUCCUGAUUGAUAUACUUCACCAUUGGAUGUAUGGUACUGUGCUAAGGGAUGUACUUUUCAGUGGUUGUACUGUGCUAAGUGAUGUACUUCUCCAGUGGAUGUACCAUGCUGAUGUACUUUUCCAUUGGAUGAACUGUGUUAACUGAUGCACUUUUCCAGUGAAUGUACUGUGCAGAUGUACUUCACUGUGCUAACUGAUGCACUUCUCCAUUGGAUGUACUGUGCUGAUGUGCUUCACUGUGCUUUCUGAUGCACUUCUCCAGUGGAUGUACUGUGCUAACUAAUAUUUGGUUUGCUGUAAUUAUUACAGCUUGAUUUGGUCUUUAAAUUUGGCAAUUUCCUGUUUUUGAACAAGGUAAAGAUGUAUUUAAAUUAUAAAUCAAUAAAAUGCCUCAUGUUUCCUUUUGUUACUUUUUAGGUUAUAGAAAAAAUGAAAUUUUUCUCUUCAAAUUAGUUGGUCUGCUUCUCAGCAAGGAAUCUCAAAAUAAUUUUUUGGGGUGGGGGGUUGUUCAAGACUUGCUUGCAAGGUUGCGUAAAAUGUUUGUACAAAAUUCAAUUCUGUGAACUAAUAUUUUCCAGGGUCUUAAGUGUAUAUAGUUUGUUUGUCGAUUUAUAAACACAAAUACCCAUGCAAAUUUAAGUUUUAAAAAGUAUAACUAGUUUUGUAAUUGUUGAGUAACUUUUACAUUAUUCAUUAUCAAUUUACAUUUUUUUUUUUUGCAUUUAAAAACAGCAAAGGAAAUUUUUUUUUACUCUUUGUUGGUAACUAAGUAUUUUGUCAUUUAUCUUACUCUUUAUUCUAAUUAUCAAGAACUCUUAUAACUUAUUAAAAAUGUGUUGUGUUUGCAACACUUUAUGUAAAAAUAAUGGAAUAGAGUUGAAUUUGUAUUGUAUCAAACUAGUGCAAUUUAAAAUGAUCUUGUGUUUUGAAAAAGAUUAGCUUGUUGAAAAAUGAAACAAAUUACUUUAUGCAUGUAAAUGAAAGAUACUGUUAUGAUAAUUUUUUUUAAUUUAAAAACUUUGUAAACUUGUUAUUCAAGUUAGUUUCAUUCGGUACUGAAUUUCAUCUUACCAACUUGUCAUUUUCAUUUCCAACCAGUUCAAGGUCAACACCUUACUGUGCUCUUAAUCUAGGAUUGGCAUACUACAGGAAACCCAGUUAGUCUUCUGAGUGUAUCUAUAUAAACUAAAUGUUUAAGUGACUUGCACCAUCACGGAACAUUCAGUGCGUACUAACUUUUCAGGAACAAAAAAUGCACAGUAAAAUGAAACAUUUUUUUUUUGACAAGGUUUAAUGCAGCUAUAUUUGUCUUCCACUAAGUCUAGCAUUUAUUUGUUCCACUUCUCUGUCUCGCUGAAUGAAUGAAAAUUUUUAACAUUGAUAUGAAGUUCAGAUGAAACAUUCAAACUUUAUAAAUAUUGAACUCACUAAGACAAACAACUGGGAAUAUCAAUAUGCAUCCUUCAGUACUAUUAUAUUUUAAAUUUUUUAAAGUCCCUGUCAGUGUGAGUAUAGUUUAAAAUAUUGGGUUUAUGUGCUGUAGUCUCAUAAUUUUUAAAAUUAUUUAUAAACUAUAUGUCUGACUAGAGAAGUCGCAAAUAAACUAGUUAUGUAGGGUGUUCUCGAUCAUGUUUUUUUUUUAAGUUUUCUUUCUACAUUCUUCCAUCUUCAGCAUGAGCAAAAGGAAAUCCACAUUCGCUCUCGUCAACCUCAUCUCAUGAAAUAAAAAAUUUUAUACAACUUUUCAAAUAUAA